GCUAUAUUGGCGGUAUCAUUAUAUCUGCCCGGAUGGACAGGUGGUUCAGCAAAAAUCAUUGCUCAGUUGAGGUCGCAUGUGAAUGAACAAAUGCGAGCAAGAAUUGGAGUAAAUGUUGGCUUGACGAGCAUCAACAUCACUCUCAGAUAUGAAGAUCGGGUCGUAACAGAUCCGUAUUCUCGAAUUGAUAUGAGCCAACUUUACUAUAACGAAAAGUUUGACAUAUCUGGAGUUCCAGUUUCCUCAAUGGUCGAGGAAUUACGGUCAGCUUACCAGCGAGGAUUACCGUAUCCUAUACUUAGCGUCUUGGAGUAUUUUUCACUGAAUCAGGAUGCAUUCGAUUGGGGAAGACAUUACCGAACAGCCGGUCACUAUACCCACGCUGCAUUGAGGUAA